AACUAAAAAGUGACAAUAAAGUUGUAAGAAAUAAAUUAUUAAUUUCAUUGCUAUCAAUGGUAUUUGUAUUUAAUAAAGUUGGACAAACACUAACGCUGUUGUAGCCAGGUCAUGUGGAAGAAAGACAUCAUAUCAUUUAUAAAUCGCGGAUUGUCCGGACUGAUGGCGGAGGCAGCAUCCUGUGCCCGAAAGGGGACCAAGUACGCCGAGGGCACCCAGCCCUUCACCGUCCUCAUCGAGGGCAACAUUGGCAGUGGGAAGACCACGUAUUUGAACCACUUCGAGAAGUACAAGAACGACAUUUGCCUGCUGACCGAGCCCGUCGAGAAGUGGCGCAACGUGAACGGGGUCAAUCUGCUGGAGCUGAUGUACAAGGAACCCAAGAAGUGGGCCAUGCCCUUUCAGAGUUAUGUCACGCUGACCAUGCUGCAGUCGCACACCGCCCCAACCAACAAGAAGCUAAAAAUAAUGGAGCGCUCCAUUUUUAGCGCUCGCUAUUGCUUUGUGGAGAACAUGCGGCGGAACGGUUCCCUGGAGCAGGGCAUGUACAAUACGCUUGAGGAGUGGUACAAGUUCAUCGAGGAGUCCAUUCACGUGCAGGCAGAUCUCAUCAUUUAUCUGCGCACCUCGCCGGAGGUGGCGCACGAACGCAUCCGGCAGCGGGCUCGCUCAGAGGAAAGCUGCGUGCCGCUUAAGUACCUUCAGGAGCUGCAUGAGUUGCACGAAGACUGGCUGAUACACCACAGACGCCCGCAGUCGUGCAAGGUCCUAGUUCUCGAUGCCGAUCUGAACCUGGAAAACAUUGGCAGCGAAUACCAGCGCUCAGAGAGCAGCAUAUUCGACGCUAUCUCCAGUAACCAAACGCCCUCGCCGGUCCUGGUAUCCCCCAGCAAGCGCCAGAGGGUCUCCAGAUAAUCAUAAUCCUAUUAGUACCUAAGUGUGUGUAGUACAGACGUUUAACAUAAUAUAAGAAGCUCAGACGAGCCGAUCCGCGGGACAAAGGCAGAAACUGAUACACUUACAUUUCAAGCCCCUGAUUAACACAUUCAUAUAUUAACAAUUAUAAUCCACAUUAUAUUCUCUUCACAGAUUCUAGUAUGUAAGCUCAAAAAUUGUAAUAAAAACUGUGAAUGUUUAUGUUAAAGGCAAGGCACCUAAUAUUUUUGUGUUAGCAUUUCAGUUCAUUUGCAUUUUAACUAUGUAUAUUGUAUUGGACAAAAAAAUAAAUUAAUGGGAAGCGUGGCCUUCUCUGACUUACUAAA